AACAAAACGUAAUAAUGAAGUUCUUGUCACGACCAACGUUUUUUUCCAUACUCUAUCUUAUCAUCCAUCUCAUCACAAUCCCACGAGUCUACUCAUUAACCAUCCCACAACAUUUCCUCCAAUGUCUCGACACUCAGCCAGCCGACCACGGCAUUGGUCCUAACUCCGCAACCGCAGUGAUCCCCACAAACUCAUCCUUCUCCACAAACCUAAUGAACGCCGUCAGAAACCUCCGUUUCGCUUCCCCUUCCAACAGAAAACCCGAAGCCAUCGUCGCCGCCCUCACCGAAACCCACAUAAGAGCAACAAUCUCAUGCUGCAAACUCCUCAACCUCGAGCUCAGAGUCCGCAGCGGCGGCCACGACUACGAAGGCUUCUCCUACACGUCCCCCGUCCCCUUCGUGAUCUUAGACAUGUACAACUUCCACAGCAUCGACAUCAACAUCUCCGAAGAGACCGCGUGGGUCGGAGCCGGAGCCUCGCUCGGCGAGGUUUACUACAACAUCGCCAAGAAAAGCAACGUCCACGCAUUCCCCGCGGGUGUGUGCCCUAAAGUCGGCGCCGGAGGGCAUUUCAGCGGCGGAGGUUUCGGUAACCUAAUGAGGAAAUACGGUUUAUCGAUAGACCAUAUCGUCGACGCGCAGAUCAUGGACGCUAACGGGAGAGUCUACCGCGACAGAGGCUCUAUGGGAGAAGACGUGUUUUGGGCCAUACGCGGCGGAGGCGGUGGGAGCUACGGUGUGAUUCUUGCGUGGAAGCUUAAGCUCGUUAGGGUUCCGGAGAAGGUUACUGUUUUUAAGCUUGAGAGGACGGUGAAAGAAGGAGCCGUUGACUUGGUUCACAAGUGGCAGCAAGUGGCUCCGGUUAUCGAUAGAGAUUUAUUUAUCCGGUUAGAGAUUAAACCGAUAAACCAAAAGAAAUCGAAUGGGAAGACUAUUAAAGUAUCUUUCAUUGGAAUGUUUCUCGGUACGCCGGAGAGGCUUUUAAACAUAACGAAAAAGAAGUUCCCUGAGUUACACUUAACGACGUCGGAUUGCAUGGUGAAGAAGUGGAUAGACUCGGUGGUUUUCUGGGCGAACUACCCGGAAAAAGCACCGAUACAGAUUCUUCUAAAGAGAAUCUCAGCUAACGAGUAUUACUGGAAAAGAACAUCAGACUUUGUUCAGACUCCUAUCUCGAAACAAGGUCUUGCGGCUAUCUUUCAGACAAUGAUUGAUCACUCGCCGCUUCCGCGGCGAGUUUGGAUGCAGUGGAAUCCUUGGGGAGGGAGAAUGGGUGAGAUUCCUUCUGAUGCGACGGCGUUUGUUCAUAGAGGAGGUAACUUGUUCAUGAUAGAGCAUUUUAUGAACUGGUAUAAACCGGGAGAUGAGCGUGCGGAGAAGUUCUUGGCGAUAGCAAGAAGCUUUAAAGAAGCGAUGGCUCCUUAUGUUUCAAAGAAUCCGAGAGAGGCUUUCUUUAACUAUAGAGAUGUUGAUAUUGGUAUCACUACGCCGGGGUAUAAUGCGACGUAUGAAGGAGCUAAGGUUUAUGGGGAGAAGUAUUUCAAAGGGAAUUAUUUGAGGUUGGUUAAGGUUAAAGCCCGGUUCGACCGGACUAAUUUUUUCCGGUCUCAGCAAGGGAUUCCGGUUCUUGCUUAGUUUGAUUGAAGGUUGUUGGAGGAUUGUAAGAAAUAAAAAGAUGAAAUUUGUGGAUGAAUCUAUUGGAUUGGCGAUUUCAUCGGCUGUGUUUUUUUUUCUUCGUGGUCGACAUGUAUUGUUAAACAGUGAUUUAUUUCAAUCUCUAAGAUAAGUCAUUGAUGUAACUUCAAUAUCUAAUAAAUGGAACUAGGUGUUUUGCCC